UUGUCAUUCAGUUGGGAUUCGAAGCUCUGCGGGAGCGAUCAUUGGGGGGGGGAACAAAAACCAAUCUAUAAACUUUCCAUCUAAACUAUCUUUUGCAGAGACAAAAUCCAGCAUGAGAAUUGGGCUAUAAAUUAACCAACUUCUCUCCGUUUUCUGUGUGUAUGUGUCAGUGAUAUUGGAAAGUAACAUUGCCCGUUUAUUUAUUGGCAAUUUACAACACGCUGACAACGGUCUUAGCUAAAGUGCAUUGUGCAUUGAAUUCCGUUGAGUAUUUUAGCGCAUUUUUGCGCGUUUUGAUUCACCAACAAAAAGCAAACGACGGAUACAAAGACAGAGACAACGACAACGAGAAGCAACCAUCGUCUGGCCAUCGUCAUCGUCGUCGACACCAUGGAGAAUCUUGGCUAUAAGGAGGGCAGUACGAAACCCCGUCGCAUGACACGUUCGAUCAGUGUCGUUACCAAGACCGAAGUGGAACAGCCGCUCAAUGAGAAUAAUGCAAAUAACCGAAAAACAUCUCUUCAACAUAGCUUCAAAUCGAUUCCACCCAACCUGAUGGUGCGAUGGCGGAAUAACAACACUGACGCCAUGAUCGAAGCUCAGUAUCCGACAGCUGGAGAAUUCGAAUACAUGGAGUGUGGACCGUCACCGCCGGCGGAGAGCGCACCGUCAAUGUACGACAGCUUCGAGGAGCCCACCAGCGAGCUGAGCGUUCAGAUCUGCAAUGAUACGCUUCGCCUAAGUCUCAUCGAUCAGAUGAAGAGUGCCACCGGGCGAGUGCGUUUAUUUGAGGACAUUGAGCAGGGAAAUGUCGUGGCCGAGAGCACGAAGACGCACUUUGAGUCUGCCUCGAAGUUGGAGAAGAAUCUCUGCUAUUUGUGGGCUGCGUUCCUCAAGCGCUGGGACCUCAUCGAGGGCCUGAUGGAGGUGGGCGCUGAUCUGCACUUUUGUGAUCAGAAUGGCAUCUCCUCCAUGCAUUUGGCGGCAUUCAGCGGAUGCCUUGCCACACUGGGAUUGCUCGUCUCCAAGGGAAUGAAUGUGAAUCUGCAGUCCAAGUGCUAUACCCCACUACACUGUGCCGCCUUUGGCAAUGCCGCUGAGGCCGCCAAGUUCCUAAUCAACAAUGGGGCCGACAUUACCAAGGACACCAAUAAGCCCAACUGCGAGGAGAGUCUCCUGCACUGUGCCGUGCGUUCGAAUGCUCUCGAGUGUCUGCAGAUCUUCAUCAGCGAGGGAGCCGACGUGAACUCCCUCAAACCAAAUGGGACAAAUGCUAUCCAUUUGGCCGCCGAUCUGGGCAACAUGCAGUGCCUCGAGGCCCUGCUCAAUGCCCCCAAUGCGGAUGCGAAUGUAAGGAUCUGCAUUCGCGAGAAGGAGUCCACUGCCCUACAUCUCGCUGCGGAUGAGGGCAAUGUGGAGUGUGUGGACCUGCUGCUGUCCAAGGGCGCGGAUGCCAAGCUAAAGAACCAUCGAGGCUUCACCCCGCUCCAUCUGGCGGCACGAACUUCGAGUCUGGAGUGUGUGGAGUCGCUGCUGAGAAACGGGAAUGCCGAUGCCAAUGCCGAGGACUUUGACCAUCGCACGCCGCUCCAUGCGGCGGUGGGAAAGUCCGAGAAUGCCUACGACAUCAUGGAGACGCUCAUCCAGUGGGGUGCUAAUGUCAAUCACAAAGAUAUAUAUGGCUUUACGGCUCUCCAUUUGGCAGCGCUCGAUGGCCUUGUGCAGUGUGUGGAGAUGCUGAUAUUCCAUGGGGCAGAUGUUACCACCAAAUCGAAGAAGGGCACAUCCGCAUUGAAUGUGAUCACACGGAAGACACCCUCAUCGGUGGCCAUGAUUCGACAGAAGCUGGAUGCAGCCAUCACGCUGCAUCAUUCACAGGAUCCCGUCAAUCGUGAGGUGGAGCUGGAGCUGGACUUUCGCCAAUUGCUGCAGCAUUGUCAUCCCCGUGAGAUAAGCUAUCUGAAUACCUUUGUGGAUGAGGGCCAAAAGGAGAUACUAGAGCAUCCCCUCUGCUCCUCUUUUCUGUACAUCAAAUGGGGAAAAAUACGAAAAUACUACAUUGGACGCCUUAUCUUCUGCUUCAGCUUUGUGCUCUUCCUAACGCUCUACGUCCUGACUGCCCUCGCCCACAACUGCUACAAUGGCAGCAAGGAUGACAAUACGACCAUUCAGGCCCAGGAACUAUGCCAAAAGCAGUCCAUCCUUGGGGAUAUGCUGCGAAACAAUCCGUUUGUGAUGGAAAUGCAAUGGUGGGUGUUGGUGGCCAUCACCAUUGUGGAGAUAUUUCGAAAGGUUUAUGGCAUCACGGGCUACUCUUCGUUUCGACAUUAUGUGACACAAGUGGAGAACAUAAUGGAGUGGUUUGUGAUUACCAGCGUCUUUGUCAUCUCCUAUAUCUACACGAACAAGACGUACACCUUUCAAAAUCACAUUGGCGCCUUUGCCGUGCUCUUGGGCUGGACAAAUCUCAUGCUGAUGAUCGGACAGCUGCCAGUGUUUGAUGUCUAUGUGGCCAUGUAUACCAAGGUACAGGGGGAGUUUGCGAAGCUCUUUAUGGCCUACUCCUGCAUGCUGAUUGGCUUUACCAUAAGCUUUUGUGUGAUCUUUCCCUCGUCAUCGUCGUUUGCCAAUCCAUUUAUGGGCUUCAUUUCGGUGCUGGUCAUGAUGAUUGGCGAACAGGAUUUGUCGCUACUAAUCAACGAUCCCGAUGGCAAAGAUCCACCCUUUCUGCUGGAGGUCAGCGCACAGAUCACCUUUGUGCUGUUUCUGCUCUUUGUCACCAUCAUCCUGAUGAAUCUCCUUGUCGGUAUUGCUGUGCAUGAUAUACAGGGUCUCAAAAAGACGGCGGGACUCUCAAAGCUGGUGCGACAGACGAAGCUCAUUAGCUACAUCGAAUCUGCGCUGUUUAACGGGUAUCUGCCCACCUGGUUGAGGAAUCUGCUGCACUACACGGCCUUGGUAUCGCCACAGGCCUAUCGCGUGGUCUUGUGCGUCAAACCGUUGAAUCCCAGUGAGAAGCGCCUGCCCAGGGACAUUCUAAUGAAGGCCUAUGAGGUAGGCAAGAUGCGAAAACAAUUCGGACACACCAUCUCCUCGAAGAACCCCGCGGAGAACUAUCUGUCCUACAAGAACAAGUACAACAACAGCACGAGUAAUGGCUGCGCCUCAACGGGCUAUGUGCUGGCCGGCGAUCCCGAUCCAGACGCGGGACAAUUCACAACGCUAACGACCAAAAUCGAUGAGAAUGCCGACAGGAUUGAGUUUCUCACGCAGGAGAUACAGGAACUAAAGCAGGCCCUCAUAUCGCAGCAACAGCAGGCGAGCAAAGUGAUCGAUAAGCUGCUGAUUGUCAUUUCCAACCAACAAAAGCAGAAUUUGCGCAAAUAGUUGCUAAAAGCAUUUAGUAAAAUCAUCCGAAAAUAUGUUUAGAAUUGAAGAGUUAGAUGUUCCCUCCUAUAGUUUAAGUGUGUUUGAGCAACCCCAGAAGAUUGUUGAUAUUACCAUAGAGGAAUUUUUUGAUAUUUGAAGCGCCUGGCGUUCUGUAUUCUAUACUAUAUAUAUACCACACCCCAUAUACUACUAUUAUAUAUAUACAACACUAUCUGUAAUCUAGAGUUUAGAUGUAGUAGAGGAGGCGAGCAGUUUUGAUUUGUGGCUGGUUUUAGGCUGUGUCUUUUGUUGUUUCGAAGCAGAAUCGUUUAAAUCAUAAUUUAUAAUCUUAAAUAAAACCAUAUGAUAUGUAUAUCUAUUGUUACAUCCA